AACAGACUGAAGGGUCUAAAGUCCAUCGACAGCAGCAGGUCAAAUCUUCAACGGGACUCUUUUAAUUUGAAGUUAUCUUCAUAUUUCUGUCUAAUCAUAAUGGAGAUUCCAGUGUAUACGAUAGAUGCCUUUACUAAUUUACCGUACAAGGGAAACCCUGCGGCAAUUUGUCCACUUAUGCAUGAACUGAGAGAUGAUUUGUAUCAGAGCAUAGCAGCAGAGAUGAACCUUUCAGAGACAGCUUUCAUCACCAGGAUUAACCCCUCUGACAAUUUUACCACAGGAUCAAGGUUUCGACUUCGUUGGUUCACACCAACCACUGAAGUGAAUCUGUGCGGUCAUGCCACGCUGGCCUCUGCAGCGGUGCUGUUCAAGCAUAAGAAGAAUGUGAAUCCUAAACUGGUGUUUGAGACCAGGAGUGGAGAUCUGGCUGUCGUCCAGCAGGGGGAAGGGUACGUCAUGGAUUUUCCUCUCAACCCACCCACCCAGGAGGAUGCCAAUGACUUCAGAGACCUCAUAAAGGCUGCAGUUGGAAACCACCCAAUCCAGGAUGUUUAUCUGAGUGCUAACACUAAAAAACUAAUGGUUCGACUGGCAGACAGCUGUGACAGGUCAGUGCUGACCAGUCUGAAAGUGGACCCUGUUGCUCUCCAGAGCAGUGAGAAAAGUGGAAGAGUCAAAGGACUAAUCCUAACUAUGAAAGGAUCCCCGGACAACCAACCAGGAUACGACUUCUACUCCAGAUACUUUGCUCCAUGGAAUGGCAUCCCUGAGGAUCCUGUCACUGGUUCUGCCCACACCGUGCUGGGUAGCUACUGGUCUGAGAAGCUAGGAAAGAAGAAAAUGUUGGCUUACCAGUGCUCCAGUCGAGGCGGGGAGCUGGAACUAGAAGUGAGAGACGACGGAAGAAUCAAUAUAUCUGGAGAGGCCGUCACUGUGCUGCAGGGAACAAUCACACUAUAGCCACAGCCACAUGCAAGCUAGGAGGGUUGGGGAUGAUUGGACAGUUGUUAUUUACCGAAACACAGGCUUUGUACCAUAUGAUUUAAAAAAAGCCAAUUUAAAUAAAGUGUUAA